CCCCCGUCUCGUGCUCUUGCCCACCCGCAUCUCGCUCACUCUGUCUCUCCUCGCCUAGGGUUUCGCGCCCCUCCGAUCCCGCGGCGGCGGCGGCGAAGCUUCUUCCUCCCGCCCUCGCCUCGGCGCCGGCGCCGGCCAGAAAGAUGGCUGGCGGGUUUCGAGUACUGCAUCUUGUCAGGCCCUUUCUGGCUUUCUUGCCAGAAGUACAGAGUGCUGAUAGGAAAAUACCAUUCAGAGAAAAAGUGAUAUAUACUGUGAUCUCUCUGUUCAUUUUCCUGGUUUGCAGCCAGCUCCCACUCUAUGGAAUUCAUUCAACUACUGGAGCAGAUCCUUUCUAUUGGAUGCGUGUUAUCCUUGCAUCAAACCGUGGUACUGUUAUGGAGCUGGGUAUUACCCCAAUUGUGACAUCUGGAAUGGUAAUGCAACUCUUAGUGGGAUCAAAGAUAAUUGAAGUUGACAACAGUGUGAGAGAGGACCGUGCACUCCUGAAUGGUGCACAAAAGUUGCUGGGCAUCCUGAUUGCUAUCGGGGAAGCUGUAGCAUAUGUGCUGUCUGGAAUGUAUGGUAGUGUGAGCCAACUUGGAACUGGGAAUGCCAUUCUCAUUAUCCUCCAGCUCUUCUUUGCUGGCAUCAUUGUCAUCUGUCUUGAUGAACUUCUACAGAAAGGCUAUGGUUUGGGUUCUGGCAUUUCUCUAUUCAUUGCUACCAAUAUAUGUGAGAAUAUCAUCUGGAAGGCGUUUAGCCCCACAACCAUCAACAGUGGGCGUGGUGCUGAAUUUGAAGGAGCUGUCAUUGCAUUGUUCCAUUUGCUGAUUACUAGAACUGACAAAGUCCGUGCCUUGCGCGAGGCUUUCUACCGUCAGAACCUUCCGAACGUGACAAAUUUGCUUGCAACUGUAUUGGUCUUCCUCAUAGUCAUCUACUUCCAAGGUUUCCGUGUUGUGCUUCCAGUGAGAUCCAAGAAUGCUAGGGGGCAGCAAGGCUCAUAUCCAAUUAAGUUGUUCUACACUUCGAACAUGCCCAUCAUUCUGCACUCAGCACUGAUUACCAACCUCUACUUCAUAUCCCAGCUUCUCUACAGGAGAUACAGUGGAAACUUUCUGGUUAACCUUCUUGGGAAAUGGAAGGAAUCUGAGUACUCUGGUCAUUCAGUUCCUGUCGGUGGUCUUGCUUACUAUGUAACUGCUCCAUCAAGUUUGGCUGAUGUGCUUGCAAAUCCGUUCCAUGCACUGUUCUAUGUGGUCUUCAUGCUGUCAGCCUGUGCUCUCUUCUCAAAGACAUGGAUUGAAGUUUCUGGUUCAUCAGCAAAGGAUGUUGCUAAACAGCUGAAGGAACAACAAAUGGUGAUGCCUGGCCAUCGUGAGUCAAACUUGCAGAAGGAAUUGAACAGAUAUAUCCCCACUGCCGCUGCCUUUGGUGGAGUGUGCAUUGGUGCAUUGACUGUUCUAGCUGAUUUCAUGGGUGCAAUUGGUUCAGGAACUGGUAUACUGCUGGCCGUUACCAUCAUAUACCAAUACUUUGAGACAUUCGAGAAAGAGAGGGCCACUGAGCUUGGUUUCUUUGGUUUUUGAUACAUUACUUGAGAAAUGCGAAUAGUUGAAUCAUCCUGCAAAUCAAAGCACUUCUCGGCAGGCUGAUUAUGGAUGUAAUUGGAGAGCUUAAAGUCAGUUUAAGUUUAGGUUGCCCGACUUAUUUGGAAUGAGAUACUUAUCGAAGGUUCUGCUUGUGUUUUUAGGCCGGUAUGGGUGGCAUAUGUCCUGUAAGUACAGUCAUGGCCAUCAUCCUUCCGCAGCCUUCUCAUGUCUUGAUUGACUAUGUAGUAACCAUAAUUUGGGAUCAGUUUAGUCAUUUUGGAACUGAAUAUAUCUUCCCCUUUUUUGCGACAAUGAGCUCUACUAAUCUGUCCGAUUGCUAGA